AUGGACAACGGUAAGCGCAUUGCCGAGGACGUUGAGGUGUUUCUUCGCGCCGCACGUGCGAAGGAUGUGCUGAAGUGCUCCGAAAUGCUGAAGCAGAAACCCUCGUUGAUCGACUCUGUGGAGGCAGGGGGGUUCUCGGCACUGCACUUCGCGGCGUUUAACGGCGAUCUUGAUAUGCUUUACAUGCUUUUAGAAUACAAACCAACGCUGAGUCUGAAGAACUAUGAUGGUAAUACACCGUUGAUCAUGGCGGCGAAGGUUCGGCAGCAUGAAGCUAUCAAAGUCUUGGUCGAUGCCGGUGCCGAUGUUAACUUCAGGACACCUACUGGCGGGACGGCAGCGCACUUUGCUGCAUCGAUGGGUCAUGUAGACACAGUGAGAUAUUUGGUAGGGCUCGGUGCCGAUGUCAUGCACGUGGACUGUGAGACGGGCUCCUUGCUUCAUUGGGCUGCUCAUUCGGGGGACGUGGACUGCUUGGGGGCGAUGAUUUAUGAGUUCAGAGUUCCCAUCGACAUCAAAGACUCCAACGGUGGGUCACCUCUCUUCACGGCGUUGUUUAUGAAGAAAGUUGAAGCUGUUGAGUUCCUACUGGAGCACGGUGCCGAUCCCCACACCGUGGUUGAAGGGGAUCUCUCCACGCCUUUGCACAUUGCCGUAGAACACUCCAACACGGAGUGUGUGAAACUCCUCCUAAGUUACGGUGCCAACCCCAACUCCAAAAACAAGAGUGGAGACACCCCCGUGGCCAUUGCUGAGAGGGAAAAGAAACAAUCCGCCCUCAAGGAACUUCUUAAGCUCCCCGUCAGCGAGGAGAAGAGGAAGGAAGAGGCUAACCGCUUCAAGAUGCAGGGGAACAAGGUGUUUGAAGAUGGAGAGAAUGUAAAGGCUGCCAAGUAUUACACGCUGGCGAUACGUAUGGACAAUACAAAUCACGUCUUCUUCAGCAACCGGGCUGCGGCAUACUUCAACCAGCGCCAUUACAGCGGAGCUUAUUGGGACUCAUUGAGGUGUAUCACGCUAGCACCACAAUGGGCCAAGGGAUACUUCCGCAAAGCAGCAACCGAAUUGGCUAUGAAAAAGCGCGACGAGGCACUCCGGACGUGCGAGGAAGGUCUUCGUUUGGAUCCUCAAAACAAAGACCUUCUGACAAUAAGGGAAGAGACGCGGAGGUCGAAGUGA